AGCCUGGCCCCAGGGUGCCCUGUUCUGCCUGAGCCUCCCGAACUCCCACCCUCACCAUGGCCAAGGGCUUCUACAUUUCCAAGGCCCUGGGCAUUCUGGGCAUCGUCCUGGGUGUGGCGGCCGCCUGCACCAUCAUCGCCCUGUCCGUGGUGUACGCCCAGGAGAAGGACAAGAAUGCCGAGCUAUCGGCCCAGGUCACCACCACCUUGCCCACCACGGACCAGAACAAGCCCACCGUGACCACGCCCACCACCACCUUGGACCAGAGCAAGCCGUGGAACCGGUAUCGCCUCCCCAGGUCGCUGGUACCCGACUCCUACCAGGUGACGCUGAGGCCCUACCUCACCCCCAAUCAGCACGGCCUGUACAUCUUCGAGGGCUCAAGCACCGUCCACUUCACGUGCCAGGAGCCCACCAACGUCAUCAUCAUCCACAGCAAGAAGCUCAACUACACCGACAUCCAGGGGCACAGGGUGGCCCUGCAGGCCCUGGGGGGCGCCAAGGCCCCCGAAAUCGACAGGACCGAGCUGGUCGAGGUCACCGAGUACCUGGUGGUGCACCUGAAGAGCCAGCUGGAGGCGGGCGUCAUGUACGAGAUGAGCAGCAAGUUCCAGGGCGAGCUGGCUGAUGACCUGGCGGGCUUCUACCGCAGCGAGUACAUGGACGGCAACGAAAAAAAGGUGCUGGCCACGACCCAGAUGCAGUCUGCUGAUGCCCGGAAGUCCUUCCCCUGCUUUGAUGAGCCCGCCAUGAAGGCCAGGUUCAACAUCACCCUCAUCCACCCCCACAACCUCACGGCCCUGUCCAACAUGCUGCCCACAGGUCCCAGCACCCCACUUCAGAGCGACCCCACGUGGCACGUCACCAAGUUCCACACCACCCCGGUCAUGUCUACGUACCUGCUGGCCUACAUCGUCAGCGAGUUCACGUAUGUGAACAUGACGGAGGCCAUGUCGACCAAUCAAAACGUCCUGAUCCGGAUCUGGGCUCGCCCCAGCGCAACCGCGGCGGGCCACGGCCAGUAUGCCCUGAACGUGACAGGCCGCAUCCUCAACUUCUUUGCCCAACAUUACAACACACCCUACCCUCUUGAUAAAUCCGACCAGAUCGGCUUGCCCGACUUCAACGCCGGCGCCAUGGAGAACUGGGGGCUGGUGACCUACCGGGAGAACUCUCUGCUCUUCGACCCCGACUCCUCCUCCAGCAGCAACAAGGAGCGUGUGGUCACCGUGAUUGCGCACGAGCUGGCCCACCAGUGGUUUGGGAACCUGGUGACGGUGGCCUGGUGGAACGACCUAUGGCUGAACGAGGGCUUCGCCUCCUACGUGGAGUACCUGGGUGCCGACCACGCCGAGCCCCACUGGAACCUGAAAGACAUCAUCGUGCAGAACGAACUGUACCGUGUCAUGGCGGUGGACGCCCUGGCCUCCUCCCACCCGCUGUGCACCCCAGCCGAGGAGGUCAACACGCCGGCCCAGAUCAGUGAGAUGUUUGACUCCAUCUCCUACAGCAAGGGAGCCUCUGUGAUCAGGAUGCUCUCCAGCUUCCUGACUGAGGACCUGUUCAAGAAGGGCCUGGCGUCCUAUCUCCAGACCUUUUCCUACAAGAGCACCACUUACCUGGACCUGUGGGAGCACCUGCAGAAGGCUGUGAACCAGCAGUCGGCCAUCAAGCUGCCUCAGACUGUGAAAACCAUCAUGGACCCCUGGAUCCUGCAGAUGGGUUUCCCUGUCAUCACCCUGGACACCAAGACAGGGAGCAUCUCUCAGAAGCACUUCCUCCUUGACCCUGACUCCGUGGUCACCCGCCCCUCAAACUUCAGCUACCAGUGGAUUGUUCACAUCUCGUCUCUGAAAAAUGGCGCUAAGCAGGCAGACACCUGGCUGGAGGGAGCCACAAAAACUGAGACAAUGUUCAAAACCACAAAUGAGUGGGUCCUGCUGAAUGUCGAUGUGACGGGCUAUUACCAGGUGAACUACGACCUAGACAACUGGAAGAGGAUUCAGAAUCAGCUGCAAAGCAACCUGUCGGUCAUCCCGGUCCUCAAUCGGGCGCAAGUCAUCCAUGACGCCUUUGACCUGGCCAGUGCCCGCCAGGUCAAUGUCACCCUGGCGCUGGACAACACCCUCUUCCUGAUCCACGAGAAAGAAUACCUGCCCUGGCAGGCCGCCGUGAGCAGCCUGAGCUACUUCAAGCUCAUGUUCGAGGGCUCCGAGGUCUACGGCUCCAUGCAGAAAUACCUGAAGAAGCAGGUCACGCCCCUCUUCCGUCAUUUUGAAACUGUCACCAGUAACUGGACGAAGCGCCCCGAAAACCUGAUGGACCAGUACAACGAGGUUAAUGCCAUCAGCACCGCCUGCUCCAGUGGAGUCCCGGAAUGCAAGACACUGGCGUCGGACCUUUUCUCCAAGUGGAUGGCUGACCCCAAUAACAAUCCGAUCCACCCCAACCUGCGGUCCACCAUCUACUGCAACGCCAUCGCCCAGGGCGGCGAGGCCGAGUGGGACUUCGCCUGGGAGCAGUUCCGGAAAGCCACCCUGGUAAACGAAGCGGAUAAGCUCCGCGCAGCCCUGGCCUGCAGCAAGGAGGUCUGGAUCCUGAACCGGUACCUGGAGUACACCCUGGACCCCAACCUCAUCCGGAAGCAGGACGCCACCUCCACCCUCAGCAGCAUCGCCGGCAACAUCAUCGGGAAAACCCUGGCCUGGGACUUUGUCCAGAUCAACUGGAAAAAGCUCUUCAACGAUUACGGUGGCGGCUCCUUCUCCUUCUCCAACCUCAUCCAGGCCGUGACGCGACGGUUCUCCACUGAGCACGAGCUGCAGCAGUUGGAGCAGUUCAAGAAGAACAACAUGGACACAGGGUUCGGCUCAGCGACGCGGGCCCUGGAGCAGGCCCUGGAGAAGACCAAAGCCAACAUCAAGUGGGUGAAGGAGAACAAGGAGGUGGUGCACAAGUGGUUCCAAGACAAGAGCAAAUAGUCCCCGGUCUGCGCAGUCGCCUGGCCCCCUGUGCGGUGCCCACAGGCAUCUGUCCCAGUGGCCCACCCACCGCGGGACCCCCAUUCCCGGACCCUGAGGCCCCACGUCCUCCCUCAGGGACUACAUCCUAGCCCACAUUCUCUCCGCUCUGUCCGUGGAGCCAGUCCAGCUCCUGGUGGCCCGACUGUUCAAGCACCUCCCAGCCCCCGCCCCUCGUGCCAACCGCACCCCAGGCCCGGCAUGGCUCCUGUCGCCCAGGGCCCUGGGGCUGAUCUCAGGGAGGCCCAGCUCCAGGGCCAGAGCAGCAAAGCCCUACGUGGACUUGGGUUGGCCUUGGGGAGCUGCCUGCGCCCUCUCUCACCUUCCCAUGAAGACCCUGACCCUGGAGACUCCACCGGACACCAGAUCUGUAUAUUUUUUUUCUAAGAGAAAAUAUAGAUAAAGGAUUUCUAGAUGA